CAGAUGGUAGGCGAUAAAGUGAACAAAAUAUUUGACAAAGAGUGACUAUCCACAAAAUCUAAACAUUUUCAAAUGUGUGUAACUCCCAUAGCGCUGGUGACACUUUAUGGCAGUCCACACUAAUUCUGGUUUAAGGUUUGUUUGGAAAAAGAAAAAACAGGUUUUGAUAGAACUGUCCAAUGAGAUUAGCCUAUGCUAAUGAGACGGAGGAGGAAGACAGGCAUGACCUGCUGUGUAAGAGGGAUAGAGAAGAAGAAAAGAGCAGAAGAGACAGAGAAAGAGAACCUGCUGACAUGCUUUGUCGAUUGAGUGGAAUGGUUCUACAUUUGGAUGAGCGACGUUCAUUCAGCUCUCGCCCAUGGUCUUCCAUGAUCGGGAUAUGUGCAAUCACAGUUUUUCUCAAUGCAGCUGGCAGCAUGGGGAUGCAGCUGACCUCUACUGGUCCUCAGACCGUCCAGAGGGCCCAGGGGGAGAGAAUGACCCUGGUGUGUACAUACACACCUGACCCCUCGGACACUGGAGAGCUGGAUAUUGAGUGGUCAGUGGUCAGCCCAGAUACCACCCAGAAGGACCAACUGCUGUUGUCCUAUGCAGGUGGGAAUAAGUACAUCCAUGGUAACCCUGGUCUAACUAAGGGGCUGGACUUUGCUGCUGGCGACCCUUCCCUGGGUGAUGCGUCCCUCUCCAUCGCUUUCCUGUCACCAGCCCAUUCUGCCACCUACCAGUGUAAAGUCAAGAAGUCACCGGGAGUGGACAUGCAGAAAGUGUCCCUGGUCGUGAUGGUGCGUCCUUCGGUGCCUAAAUGCUGGAUGGAGGGUGGGGAGACAGUGGGGGAGACUGUCUCCCUGCAGUGCAAGUCAUCCGAGGGGUCCUCUCCCCUCAACUACGCAUGGAAGAGAGAAAGAGGAGGUCCCAUCCCACCCUCAGCCACACAGAACCGUGUGACUGGGGAGUUGUUGAUCAGAAAUCACUCUGAGAGCUCUGUGGGGAUUUACAUGUGUGAGGUGACCAAUGCUGUGGGAGACGAGAGGUGCAGAGUCAAACUGACAGCUAACAAACCCCCUAACAGAGCAGGAGUGAUAGUGGGUACUGUGGUGGGUUGUCUACUGCUCAUCAUCAUUCUGGCGAUACUCAUAUGGCUCCUCAUCUACAAGUGUGAUGCAAGGUUCACACGCUAUGAGAAGGAAGUGUCUAACGAUAUCAGGGAGGACGUCCCAGCCCCAGAGAGCCGGCCACACAGCCGAGGCAGCAGCCGGGGCGCAAGCCUCCACCCUGGGGUAGCCUACAGCCAGGUGGGAAUGCAACAUACGGGGCACUCAGAUCGAGGACACACACACAUCCCAUCCAGCAGCACUGGAUACACACCUGUCAAAUAUGACAGCAGAUACGGCUUUGCUGUGUGAUCGGAGAGAAAGAUGAUAACAAUCGUGUUUUGCAGGGUGAAAUUAGGUACAUUACCUAUUGUGACUUUGAAAGGCAUUUCAUCAGUGUGUUUUUUAAUCAUAUAAAAUACCAUGAUAAUUAAUUUGAAAUGAAUACUGUUGAUAUAUGUUGCUUUGGCAUUGGAAUAAGAUAACAAGCAAAUACUACAAAGGAAGCAGAACACACAGAGUUCUUUAUUCUCCAAAUAAUUUUUCUAAGUCAUAAUAUCAAAGCCACAGUCUACUAUUUCCAGUGAUUAAUUUUCAUGUAAUAAAAUAUACCAUUUGAUUUAGCAGAAUAUUAUAAUACCUCAAUGAGAUUGGAUAACAUUACCUUAUCAUAAAUAAAAAACAAGUACCUAUUA